GUGACCAACUUCGAACUUAUGGGCUAUGGCCAAUUGGCCAUUUCUUUGCAGGAAACGAACUAUUGAAUAAUUUGUAUGAAAGGAUUACUUUUACAAAUGAGAGUGGUACUGUUCAAUAAUAAAAGUAAAAUGAGAACAGCAUUUUUCGCCGGGCAACUACGAAACCCAUCCUCUCAUCGCUUCCUCAGGGGCUUGCCUCUAACCGAACAUCCAUGGCUUCCCUUCUCCACCUCCGCCAGCCAAACCCCACAAGACCACGCGGCAAAGCCAGGAUCCGCCGGCGGUCCAGCUCCGAAGAGCAAAUUCUAUUCCCCGGCUGCUUCCCCCAACGGAGGUGACGAUGUGAUCCUCUCGAACAUGAUGAUCACCAGCUACGUGCGAUCCGGUGACCUGGAUGCCGCUCUCGGCGUGUUCCGCAACAUGUCCGUCAGAACAACGGUCACAUGGAACUCGAUCUUGGCCGGCUACUCGAAGUUGCGCGGGAGAUUGAGAGAUGCCCAGGAGGUGUUUGUGAAAAUUCCCCAACCAGAUACCGUCUCCUACAACACCAUGUUGGCGUGCUACGUCAACACCUCCGACAUGGAAGCGGCUCUAGGCUUCUUCAAUCGAAUCCCUCGCAAGGAUGCAGCUUCUUGGAACACGAUGAUAACCGGGCUAGCCCGGAAUCAGCGAAUGGAGGAAGCGGGGAAGUUGUUCUCUGCAAUGCCGUCGAGAAAUGUUGUUACUUGGAACGCUAUGAUUUCUGGGUAUGUUGAGUGUGGGGAGUUGGAUAGAGCGGUGAAGCUUUUCGAAACUGCGCCGGUUAAGAGCGUGGUUGCUUGGACGGCGGUGAUAACCGGGCACAUGAAGUUUGGGAGGAUUGAAACUGCAGAGAAGUUGUUCUGGGAAAUGCCGGAGAAGAACAUGGUCACAUGGAACACAAUGAUUUCUGGUUAUGUCGAGAAUUCUAGAGCUGAAGCUGGCGUGAAGCUGUUCAAGAAAAUGAUGGCCGGCGGUGUUAGUCCAAAUCCUUCAACCUUGAGCAGUGUUUUGUUGGGAUGUAGUGAGUUAUCUGCUCUGCAAUUGGGUAAGCAAGUUCAUCAGCUAGUUUGUAAAUCACCACUGCAUAUCGAUACAACAGCAGGGACCUCGUUGAUCAGCAUGUACUGUAAAUGUGGAGCUCUGGAAGAUGCCAAGAAGCUGUUUGUAGAAAUGCCCAGAAGAGAUCUCGUCACGUGGAAUGCCAUGAUUUCAGGGUAUGCGCAGCACGGAGCAGGCGAACUAGCUCUGAGUUUGUUUGAUAGGAUGAGGAAAGCUGGGAUUAGUCCAGACGGGAUAACCUUUGUUGCAGUAUUGCUAGCUUGCAACCAUGCUGGAUUACUCGAUCUAGGGACAGGCUACUUCAAUUUGAUGAGGAAGGAUUACGGGGUUGAACCAAAACCGGAUCACUAUAGUUGUAUGGUCGAUCUUCUUAGUCGAGCUGGUAAGCUUGAUGAAGCUGUAGACUUGAUCAAGAAAUCGCCAUUCAAGCCUCAUCCGGCUAUAUAUGGAACCCUUUUGGGUGCCUGUAGGAUACACAAGAACACCAAAAUUGCCGAAUUUGCUGCAAAGAACCUACUCGAUCUUGACCCGACGAGUGCAGCUGCCUACGUUCAACUCGCCAAUGUCUAUGCUGCAAUGAACAAAUGGAAUGAUGUUGCCAGGGUCCGUCAGUUGAUGAAUCGGAGCAACUUGGUGAAGACACCUGGGUACAGUUGGAUUGAUGUGAAGAACAAAGUCCAUGAGUUUAGAUCCGGGGAUAGAAUUCAUCCAGAUUUGGGUUCGAUACACGAGAAGCUAAACGAGUUAGAGGAGAAGAUGAAGUUGGCCGGUUACGUCCCUGAUCUUGAAUGUGCAUUGCAUGAUGUUGGGGAAGCCGAGAAAAAGCAGUUGUUGCUGAGGCACAGUGAGAAGCUCGCCAUUGCAUAUGGGCUGAUGAAGCUGCCGCCAGGAGUUCCAAUUCGGGUGUUCAAGAACUUGAGGAUCUGUGCGGAUUGCCAUCGCGCUGCAAAGUGUAUUUCAGAAAUCGAAAAGAGGGAGAUAAUUGUGAGGGACACUACGAGGUUUCAUCAUUUCAAAGAUGGAUCUUGCUCUUGUAGGGAUUACUGGUAGAUCCCCCCCACAAAAAUUUCAGAUGGUUCAACACUUAAAAAAUGUGCUACUUUACAGUCCAUUUUUCCAAUUCGAUGAUCAAAUAACAUCAACCUGAGUGGCAGAUUUUGUUAACCCGAAGGCUUACAUAACUAGACCGACAAAGAUAAGGCUGACUCCAAUGCAGCCUGCAUUUAUGGAGUUCUCGCCAUUAAUGGCGAUUUUGGAGCUCCAACGCAGAGAUGAAAAAUGGCGAAAAUCGGCAUUUAUGGAGGGCAUCGGCAUCUGGGUCGCUAAAUAUGGGGGAGGGAAUGCCGAGAUCGGCAUUUAUGGGGAAUGGAAGAAUUGUUGGCACGCGUGCAAUUAAUGUGAUUAAUGGUAGGAAAGAUGUAAUUAAUUGCUUGCUAAUUAAUGUGAUUAAUUAAGGGAAGAAAGGAAAUUGUUUAUUGGAUUAAUUAAUGUAAUUAAUGCAA